AUGAAUCCUGUAGAAGAGAGACAUUUACAACUGAUUGAAACCAUAUUCAAUCGAUUUUUACUUCAAACUCAAUCGGACAAUCCCCAACUAUCUCGUGAUUACUUUGAACGAUUUACUCAAUUGUUGAAUGAAACCAUUCAAAAGUAUCCUCAAUUGAAAUUGUCGAUUGAAACGUUCAUUUCGAAAAUGAUCUACCCGUUUCACCUAUCAAAUAUCGUUACAUUUGAAUACCAACUUCGUUUGAUACGUUAUUCCUUCCGACGACAUUUACAAAUUCUCAAAUUAGAUCAUCAUGAUUUUCUCAACCAUCUCUUUUAUCAUUCAUUACUCGAUCAGUCAAGCAUCGUUCGACAUUUAUCAUUGCAAAUCGCCAUUCUCGUCUACGAACAAGAUCUUUUCCAAUCAUUUGAUGAAACUUUUUUCACACGUAUCAUUCAACUGUUCUCCCCAGAUCCAAAUUUAUACGUCCGAAAUACUCUCGCACAAUUUUUAGCUCUUUAUAUCUCUAAACACGACCAACAUCAACUAUUCAAUCAGAUUCAAAAGCAAUCAAGCAAUUCAGAUCUUACUUACAACAUUUUAACCCUUCUCGAUGAAACUAAACAGCAAGUAUUGAUCCAGGAACUGAACAUCUAUGAACAUCUAGUGGAUAGCGUAGCCACACGUGCAUUUGUAUUAAAAACUGCUAAAUAUCUCGUGAACGAAGACCAAUUAGUAUUUUAUUUAAAUCAAAUCCUGAGAAAAUCCCUAUCAGAUUAUGUUCAUAUGCUUUUAUCGAUCAUCUCCUCUCGUUAUGAACACAAUCAAUCGAUCAAAAAGCUGACUGCGUAUGUCAAAGCUCUUUUUCUUUAUAUGCAAGAAACCGAGAUCGAAGAGAUUGAUGAAAAUGAACAGACAAUGAGUCAAGAAGAUGAAUUCGGUGACUUAACAGAAUAUCUCUGCUGUCAGCUAUACGAACAAGGUAUCGACCCUACUACAGUGGCUUCGACUGUGUUCAAUGUGAUUCAUCCAUUCAUUGUUGAUUCCAGCUCAUUUCUUUACAAAUUAGACUUCUAUUCCUCAACUAUUUCGAAGAUGUUAGUCGGAGAUCAUUACUCGGACAAACUCCUUGCACAACUGAUCGUUUGCUUUGAGAAAUUACAACAAUCCAACGAAGUAUCCAUAAAAAUUCUUAUCGAUCAUGUCAAGACCCGGCCCCAAACAACGCCUGUGUAUCAAGCCUUGUUCAGUUUAAUCCUCCAUACAACUAAUAACAAAGAUUAUCUCGAAGCAGUUGGUACAAUCAUUGAAACAUUAACUUUUCAAGAUUUGGAUCAAUUAUUUCAAUGGGAUAAGAAAGAUUGUGUCUUGCACUUUCUUAUUCAACUAGUCAAAGCAUCUACUGACUUGCCAUCUUGGCUGACCAUCGAAUUUCUUCAACGAUUAGUCGAAAAACUCGUUCAUAACACGAACGAAUAUAUUCAAGGUGGUUUGAUCGAUUUUCUGGCGACCUUAGUCGAAUGUAGUUUACUUUCUCCAUUCGACAAUUACCUCACAUCAAACUUUAUUCAACUCACCGAAGAUUCACUUGGCGAUGUGGUUCGCUGUGCACUGGCUCAUGCUUGGUAUAUUAUGUUGAUCAAAGCGAAUGUUAAUCCAACGGGUGAAAACAAGUACGAAUUUUCAUUCGGAAAUAAUAUCAAUGAGAAUUCUUUGUCGACGACUGUGAUCAAUCAAAUUCCAUUGCUGAUCGGUGAUGGUGGUCAGGAGACAGAGAUUCAGUGUCUGCAGCUGAUUGAAUAUCUUGGACCAAGAACGAAAGAAUUAGAAAGUGUAUUAGAUUUCUUGGUCAAUGAUGGAUGUUCGGAUGAAAUCAAGGAAAAAGCAAGUCGAUUAUUGUCCAAACCAAUACAGAAGAAGAUGGAGGAGAUUUUAGAAGAUGAACUUUCAUCCGUUCUUCAUUGGUUGGAGCAUCCUGAUGAGCAUAUGAUACUCGACUGCGAUUGA